AUGGCAUUUGAACUAGCAUAUAGUUUUUGCUUUCUACUUCUCCUUCUACAGCGGCCAUUUUACACCUUUGCUCAACCUCCCAUGAAUAUAUCUUUGGGUUCAUCCCUCAUUGCACAGGACAGUAACUCGUUCUGGGCCUCGCCAUCUGGGGACUUUGCCUUCGGUUUCCGAAAAAUUGGAGAUAAUGGUGGCUUUCUACUGGCCAUCUGGUUUGACAAGAUACCUGAAAAAACUAUUGUCUGGUCAGCCAAUGGAAAUAAUCUAGUGGCAAAAGGAUCCACGGUUCAACUCACCGAAGAUGGUCAGUUUAUGCUUAGUGAUAUUGCAACUCGCAGACAAGUAUGGAUUGCUUCUUCUUCUGGAACUGGAGUUAGCCAUGCAGCCAUGCUGGACAAUGGAAAUUUUGUGCUGGCUAAUGGAAAUUCGAUCAAUUCGUGGGAGAGUUUCGAUAAUCCAACUGAUACAAUCCUACCUGCUCAGACUCUACAUCAACGCAGCAUACUCUUUGCUCCUUAUACACAGACGAAUUACUCAAAAGGAAGAUUCCAAUUUACACUACAGUCUGACGGAAACGCUGUGCUUUACACAACGUAUUUUCCCUUGGAUACUCCUAAUUCUGCUUACUGGUCGACGCUAACACAGGGUAGUGGCUUUCAGGUAGUCUUCAACCUGUCCGGUUUUAUUUAUGUUACAGCCAGGGAUGGAAGCAUGCUUUAUAUGAUAUCACCGAGUACAGUUUCAACACAAGAUUACUACCAGAGAGCCACCCUUGAGUAUGAUGGAGUUUUCCGGCACUAUAUCUACCCGAAAAGCAGUACUAGCUCAAGUGUCAAAAGGGCUUGGUCUGCUUUGUCCCUCACACCUAUGAACAUUUGCACAGUGAUUUUGGAAGGCACGGGCGGUGGUGCAUGCGGGUUCAACAGCUUAUGCAGAAAUGAUGAUGGAGGACCAAGUUGCCACUGCCCGUAUGGUUACACCUACGUUGAUCCAAAUGAUGUGCUGAAAGGAUGCAAGCAGAACUUCAUUUCGCAACGUUGUGAUGAUGCCGCACUAGAAACAGAUCUUUUUUACCUUCAAGAGAUGCUGAACACAGAUUGGGCUUACUCUGCUAACUAUGAGUAUUUUCAGCCAGUAACGGAGGAUUGGUGUCGCCAGACUUGCUUAGGUGAUUGUUUUUGUGGCAUUGCCUUUUACAAGAACCAGACCUGUUGGAAAAAGAGUAUCCCUCUCUCAAACGGGAGGAUUGAUCCUAGUGUCGAUUGGAAGGCUCUGAUCAAAAUAAGGAUAGACAAUUCUACUUCAAGACAAGCGGGGCAGGACUCAACAAAGAAAAGUUCUUCAGCUUCCAUCGUCCAUGGAUUAGUGUUCAUGGUGAUUGGCAUGCUGGUCGUGUUCCUUACGUUGGCAGUAACCUUUUUUGUUGUUCGUCGCAACUAUUUCAUAAAACCAAAGGUAAGUCAACUUUCCCCGUUCAUUCAAGGCAUCAAUCUAAGAUGUUUCACUUACAUGGAGCUAAAAGAAGCUACCAACGGAUUCAAGGAAGAACUGGGUCGCGGUGCUUUUGGAACAGUAUUCAAAGGAGUUUUAGCGUCGGAUAAUGGCAAAUUUGUUGCUGUCAAAAGAUUGGACACCAUGUUUAGAGAAGGUGAUCAUCCAGAGUUCAAAGCUGAAGUGAGUGGAAUUGGUAGAACAAAUCACAGAAAUCUAGUUCAGCUACUAGGUUUUUGUGAUGAGGGGCACCACCGGAUUCUUGUUUACGAAUUUAUGAGCAAUGGCUCUCUGAACAGCUUUCUCUUUGGAGAGCGCUCAAGGUUACACUGGUACCUCAGAAGGCAAAUUGCCUUGGGAAUUGCAAGGGGGCUCUUGUAUUUGCAUGAGGACUGCAGCAGCCAAAUCAUACAUUGUGACAUUAAGCCUGAAAACAUUCUUCUGGAUGACUCUUUCACGGUGAGAAUCGCCGAUUUCGGAUUAGCCAAACUUUUGAAAGCCGACCAAACUCAAACUAUCACUGCAAUCAGGGGAACGAAAGGAUAUGUUGCCCCUGAAUGGUUGACAAGCUUGCCUGUCACCGUCAAAGUGGAUGUUUACAGCUUUGGGAUUUUGUUAUUAGAGAUAAUUUGCUGCAGGAAGAAUUUUGAGGAGGCAAAGAAUGAAAAGGAAAUGGUACUAGCUGACUGGGCGUUUAAUUGUUAUGACCAAAGGAAACUCCAUCUGCUGUUGGAGAAUGACGACGAGGCGAAGGAUAACAUCAAAGAGAUGGCGAAGUAUGUGACCAUCGCGUUGUGGUGCAUUCAACAGGAUCCGUCACUACGACCUACCAUGAAGGACGUCACACACAUCCUUGAAGGUACUGUUGAAAUCUCAAUUCCAGUACUGAAACCAUCGUCGUGA